CCCAGUAUAAUACAUCUCCUGCAAAAAAAGUUAACCUAACCAAUACCUAAACAAAUUAAAAGGCGGCGAACCCAUAAACUUUAAAUGGUAAUUAAACCGCAAAAGUAAUUAUUUCCAGUCUCCCAAUAAAUCUGAAUUACCAUCUGGAAAAGACGUGUCUGACGGAUAUGAUAUUUUAAAUAUCGUCGAGACACCGACUGAACGUAUCUAGUUUUCUUAUGUCAUUUCAUUUGUUAAAUUAACGUGCGAAAAUUUAUAUAGUGAUCCAUUAAAAUGAUUAUUAGAUGGGGUAAACUCGUAUUAUUAGUUAUAUGUGCCUUUCGGCCUGUGACUUUGCUUCCAGAAGCUGAGCAUACCAAGGACAAUGAAGAAAAUAUAUCAAUUCAGUUUGGAACAAUGAAGAAUACUAUUAAAAUUCUCUCUGAUCAGUGGGAAAAGUGGAAUACCCUGUUUAUCACUUCAUUAGAACCAAGAAUUACGUCUACAGCCUCGACGAUAUCAAGCAUUGAUAGCAACAUUCACAAUUUACAAGAAAGGGCACACGUUUGGGAUACGUUUCAACUUCAUGUUACUGCUUGGAAUGAUCAAUUAGCUUCAAUGGAUAGAAAAAUUGACAUUCUUAAUAAGGGAAUUGAACAAUUAACAGUUCUGGAUAACAAAAUUAACAAGCUUCUCUCAGACGAUUACAAAAUGGACAAGCUGAUUAAGGUAGUGGACUCCGUUUCAGAUACAUUAAUUAACAUAGAGUCUGGAAUUAAAAUAAAACAACCAUUUUCAAAGCCUAAUAAAGGCUCCCUUUUUGAGGAAUUCGCAAUAAGAGGAAUUUUAAGUUCAUUAAAACUGGUAGAAAAGAAGGUAGAUACUCUGAUUAGUAUAAGACAAAUUAACUCAACAAAAACAGCAACCGAUCAGUUGUUGAUCAAGUGUAACUCAUUAGAAAAUUCAGUAAAUGAUAUUUCAUCUAAGGUGGAUGUUAUUUUUGAUGCCAUAUCUAGAAACAAUGAGAACAGUUAUUCUGAAGAUUACAUUAUUAAUAAAGAUCUAGAAGGAAGUGGAUAUAUACCGUCUGCUGUGCUUAACACAGUCAAAAAUAAAAAGCAAAGUAAUGAGUUGAUCACAGAAAAUAAUAACAUCCUUAACUCUCUAAAGAAACAGAUAAAAGAUCUUGAUACAAAUAUAUUAAAUAUUGAUGGCAAACUAAUCAAGUUAGUACAAGAAAAUCGGCUCAGUUUAAACCACAAUAAGGAUAUGUUUAUGUGUAAUCAAACAGCGAUACUAACUGCGAUACAGCAAAUAUCUGAUAACAUUAGUAUUAGUGAAACAAAAAAUAUCAAUCUCAUAUUAGACAGUUAUUUUCAUGAAGAUCGAACACACUGGGCUUCUGUGUUUAAUAGGUUAAACAAGGAUUGUCUAUUAACACAACAAAAAACUAUCAAUUUUGAAACCAGCACAGCGGAAAUCCCUACUACCUCAUUUUAUCCAGAUGAAACUUCAAGGACCACUUUAGGAAGUUACCAAAAUGAUCACACAAAUAAACCAUACUUUAAUGAUUUUAAUUACUCAACUCCAAGAAAGGUAGAUAAACAUUCUUGCAGUGACUUAGAUCCUGAUAGUCCCAGUGGAAUAUAUUUUUUUAACAUCAAAAAUAAUGGAUUUUCCGAAAACGAACGAUUUUUCAAUAAGCAAUAUUGUGAAACAAGAGACGACGGCCUUUGGACCGUCAUUCAACGUAGGGACAAUUAUACAAUACAACAAGAUUUUAACGUUUCAUGGCAUGAAUACAAAUUGGGUUUUGGUAACCUACAAAAAGAUUUUUGGAUUGGUAAUAACUUUCUAUCAAGGCUGUCAAGUACAGAUAAUUUAACACUGAGAAUAGAACUAGAAGAUUUUGAUAAGCACUGGGCUUGGGCUGAAUAUAAGGAGUUUAAAGUAGGAGACGAAGAAGCGCAGUUCUUACUGACUAUCAAGGGCUAUUCUGGAAAUUCAACAGAUUCGUUUUCCAGUCAUAGUGGAUCACUUUUUAGCACGUACGAUAGAAAAAAUGAUGAUGCACCAAGUUGUUGUCCCUGUUCACCCUCAUAUGGAGGAGGAUGGUGGUUUAAUAGGUGUUUUGAGUCAAAUCUUAAUGGAAUUUACUAUAGCAGACCUUUCAUAAACGAUUACUUCAGGGGUAUAAUAUGGGAACAUUGGCUGGGCAAUUACUCACUAAAAAAAUCAUUGAUGAUGGUAAAGUCAACAGGCUCAAUACAACUAUACUCAGGUCCCAACAAAGCAGUAAUCGAAGAUCCUUGAAUGAUAACAACAAUGUAAUAAUUCUUUUUAUAAUAAAAUGAUUUUUUUUUAUUAUA